CCUUCACACACUCCCUCUCUCUUUUUAGCAGCCACAGACAAGCCGGCCAUAUUAGAGAGAUGGAAAUAAAGCUUCAGUAAUGUUGUAUGUGUCUUUGAAGUACAUCUGUGCAUUUUUUUUUUAGCAUUCAACCAUUCCACCCGUGUAGCCCUCGGCCCCCCAAUUCACGCUCUCCCAUAUCCCACCCGACUAACAUCACAGUCUCUGAAAAUGCACAGAGAUGCCUGGCUACCUCGCCCUGCCUUCAGUCUCACGGGGCUCAGUCUCUUUUUCUCUUUGGGUGCAGAAGGCUGGCCCCCUCUCCAGCUCUGUCACACAGAGUCCUCACCAGCUUGUGGCUUUGUCCACAGUGCCACCAGGGCGGAGCAUGGAAGUCACAGUACCUGCCACCCUCAAUGUCCUCAACGGCUCUGAUGCCCGCCUGCCCUGCACCUUCAACUCCUGCUACACAGUGAACCACAAACAGUUCUCCCUGAACUGGACCUACCAGGGGUGCAGUAACUGCUCUGAGGAGAUGUUCCUCCAGUUCCGCAUGAAGAUCAUUAACCUGAAGCUGGAGCAGUUCCGAGACCGCGUGGAGUUCUCGGGGAACCCCAGCAAGUACGAUGUGUCCGUGACUCUGAGAAACGUGCAGCUGGAGGAUGAGGGCACCUACAACUGCUACGUCAUGAACCCGCCCGACCGCCACCGUGGCCAUGGCAGGAUCCUCCUGCAGGUCCUCCUGGAAGAGCCGCCUGAGCGGGAUUCCACGGUGGCCGUGAUCGUGGGCGCCUCCGUUGGGGGCUUCCUGGCUGUGGUCAUCUUGGUGCUGAUGGUCGUGAAGUGCGUGAGGAGGAAAAAGGAGCAGAAGCUGAGCACAGACGACCUGAAGACGGAGGAGGAGGGCAAGACGGACGGCGAGGGCAACGUGGAGGACAGUACCAAGUAACUGCGGCGGCCCUGCAGCUGCGGCCCUGCAGCCCCGGCCCGCGCCCUGUCCUCCUCCCGCCCUCCGCCCUGCACAGUGUGCCCCUGCCCGCCCUCUGUUGGUAUGCUUCCCUUGAACCAGGACCCCAGGGCCCGCCUGGGCCCCUCUGAGCCCCUCACUUCGUAUCCCCCACCCUGCACCAAGAGCGACCCACCUCUCCUUUGAGGGACCUGCCAAGGCGUCUGGGGUGUGUGGGCCCUGGGGGAGGGACAGGGGGCUUGGAG